UUGAGGGAGUUUACUCUGGAUUUUCUCCCCGAGCACGGGAGGGCUUGUUCUGAACCACCGCCAGGUGGAUUGUGGAUGGAACUGCGUGCACUGGACCCUCUGCCACCCCGUCGCAGCUAACAGCCGGAGCAGUCGGCAGCCCGGUUCUCUGUGUGGCCCUCUACCUUGUGGUGGAACCACCACCUCCUCUAAGUCCAUCGGCAAGGGAGCCAAGAGGCGUAUCUACAGGCAAAUAAAGAUAUACCAUAGAAUUUAGGAAAAACUUCACCUAUACGAACACUGACCAACUGCCAAUGUGCAAGAGAAGACAAAUUGUGCAAACAAUACUGAGAACAUGAGUUGUAGAGUCCUUGACAGUCUAUAUGCUGUGAAAUCAGUUCAGAGAUGAGGAGUUUGCUCGGAUCACCCGCACCCCCUCGGCGUCUCCGCCUGAGCACUGACCGCCCCUGGAGCUCCCGGACGCACCCAUGGUUCUUGGCAGCACUGCACAGGCAUGUCACAAGCUCGAUUCCUCAUCCUCCUCGUAGCACUGUCCAUGAACUUCCAGAGAGCAUCAGUUGUCAUCCUGGAGAACACAUUGGAAAAGUGGCAGAGAUAUUCCGACGACUGUUUCAGAAACAUGUCCCGGGACUCUCAGUCGAAAGGUGUGGUGUGUAAUCGGACCUUUGAUCGGUACGCCUGCUGGCCUGAUGGUCUCCCCAAUACCACGGUCAACGUCUCCUGCCCUUGGUACCUGCCCUGGUACCCUGCAGUGCAGGGUGGAUUUGUGUUCAGGAAGUGUGGGCCUGACGGUCAGUGGGUGAUGGACUCUGUGAAACAGCCCUGGAGGGACAGCAGCCAGUGCAUGAAAGACCCCAAGGAUGACCGAGCUGAGCAGGAGCAGGGCAGAAUCCUGGAUGGUUUCUUAGUGAUGAAAACAGUCGGACUCUCACUGUCUCUCGGAACCCUAGUGUUGGCACUGGGAAUUCUGGUGGGAUUCAGGAAACUGCACUGCAUGAGGAACUACAUCCACAUGAACCUGUUUGCCUCGUUCAUUCUGAGAGCAAUAUCGAUCCUCGUCAAAGAUGCUCUUUUCAAAACACAGAACAACCAGAUUCCCGAGGGUGUUGACAUUAAAGUCUGGUACAACAAUGAGACAGCCGUGGGUUGCCGGACUGCCCAGGUGCUGAUGCAGUACUGCGUCGGGGCCAAUUACUACUGGCUGCUGAUCGAGGGGAUCUAUUUGCACAACCUGCUGGUCAUCACUGUUUUCUCCGAGAGGAACUACUUCAAUAUUUACUUGUGUAUCGGCUGGGGGUCUCCAUUGCUGUUCGUUGUACCUUGGGUGGUCAUUAAGUACUUAUACGAAAACACUGGGUGUUGGACCACGAAUGAAAACAUGGCUUACUGGUGGAUCAUCCGCACACCCAUCCUCUUCUCCAUUCUGAUCAACUUUUUCAUUUUUAUCCGGAUCAUUCACAUUCUGGUGUCCAAGCUCAGAGCUCACCAGAUGAGGUACACCGAUUACAAGUUCAGGUUGGCCAAGUCCACGCUUACCCUCAUCCCACUGCUGGGCAUUCACGAGGUGGCGUUCGCCUUCGUCACGGACGAGCACGCCCAGGGCAUGCUGCGGCACGUCAAACUCUUCUUUGAUCUCUUCUUACAUUCCUUCCAGGGUAUACUGGUUGCGAUCUUGUACUGCUUUGUCAACAGAGAGGUGCAGUCGGAGCUGCUGAAGUGGUGGAAGCGCUGGAAGCUGGGCAAGGACCUGGAGGAGGAGUACCGCCACACCUACAGCCAGCCGGCCCAGGCCCGCAACGGCAGCGGCAGCCUGGAGAAGCACCAGCUGGUGGGCGGCUGGCCCAACGGUGCGGCCGAGAGCGGCCCCCGUGGCGCCCGGGGCCCCGAGCCCGGCCCCCAGCACCAGCCGCACUGCUUCCAGUUCCCGGCGGAGGCCGAGCACAAGGCGCUGUGCCUGAUGGAGAGUAACUGUUAGUGAGCGGUGAGCAGGACUGGCAGCCGCACCACCAGGGGAAGGGGAGUGGGGGUGAAACCCCAGGCGGGGGGGGGGCACAGCUUCCCAUCCCGGCUCCUGCGGUAGGACACUGUGACACCCACCCUGCGCUGGCCUAACGGGGUGUCCCAUGACAGGCACCCCAGCAAUCUGAAGUAACAACAUCCACGCCCCCCCCAAAAAAAACGCAGGCAAUUAGACAGAAAACUGCUGCUUCACUGCCUCGCCUACAAUCCUGCCCUCACAGACCCGUGAAUUACAAGUGUAAUGCCCUUUCCUUGGCGGACAAGGUUGCUUCAGACUUGAACGCCAUCCAGUGACGCACAGGGGGCGCACCCUGCCCGUUAUGUACUGCACGGCUGCCAAAAAGCAAAAAGAAAAGAAAAUCCCUUCACCCGAAACCAGUAUAAGGACUGGUGCUUCAUGCUGGUGGACUCGGGCUUCGUUUGUCUUAUGGACCUCUCCUCUUGUAUCUCCUGGCGGCUGCUCCCCUCCCUCAGGCAGAGCGAGUGUCCUCCUGGACACAACUACUAUGUCGACUCAGGCCCAGGGGGCCGGCGUCGGGCAGAGGCUCCUGGACACCCAGCAGGCGAAUGAUGUGGAAAAUGUUAAAACACAAGCGAUUGUGCGGAUGCUGGAUGCUGGAGGAACUUCAGGAGUUCUGAUGCAAAGGGAACGCAGAAGGAUUGGGGAACACAGUCCUACAGGCUGGAGGACUGAUGACCACAUGGAAAAGCAGCUGAGGGAUUGGGACUGGGAGGUUCACAGUCAGAUUCUGAGUAAUUUAUCAUAUAGACUGCAGCUUGAAACUACAGUGGAAUACAUUGUUUGCAUUAACAACUGACAUAACCCAAGGAUGCGCUGGGGGCAGCCCACAAGUGUCGGCAACAUAACAGAAUGCUGGGCAGAGCAACACAGAACACGGCAGCCCACAAAGCACUGAUAACAAAGCAAGCCUCGUUCCUCCCAUCCAUCCAACCGCACACGUACACGGUCCUCCAACUGCGGCACAGGCAAGCAUCUUCAGCCCCCAGCCCAGCUCCAGACUUUGAGGGUCCAGCAUCCCCCGCGGGCUCGCAGAGAUUCGCAGACUUGGGGCGCCUGCCUUUGGGCUUCGAUCUCUGGACUUCCGAUCGACCUUGGAGCUUCAAUCUUCGAUACUGGCCCCAGUGUUCGCUGAUGAGGAUGGAUGAGGACCCUGAACACCAGGCCCCGGACUUCUGUCUCACCAGCGGCGGGACCACGUUGAAACAGGAGGAUGGCAUCUGUCCAGAGAGUGUGUCCUGAGCUGCCCACCUUGAGUUGACCAGGUCUUACAUCAAUGGGGCAGUGCCUGGGAGAGUCACCACUCCCGGGGCGCAGACAAGUUCAGACCAGGAGACAGGGGGCAGAGAAUAUGGUGGCAUAGUGGUUAGCACUACCAACAACCUGGGUUCAAUUCCCACCACUGCCUGUAAGGAGUUUGUACAUUCUCCCCUGACCGGGUGGGUUUCCUCCGGGUGCUCCAAUUUCCUCCCACAGUCCAAAGAUGUACCAGUUGGGAGGUUAAUUGGUCAUUGUAAAUUGUCCCGUGAUUAGGCCAGGAUUAAAUUGGGGGAUUGCUGGGCAGUGUGGCUCAAAAUGUCUAUUCCGCGCUGUAUCUCAAUACAUAAGUAAAUGGGUUAGAGGCGUUCGCCCGCUCCCUACACACCCGCCACCUUACCGUCCACCUUGGUGUCCAAAAACCCGAGUGAAGUCCACCUGUGUGGAAUUUCUGAGUACAUAAACUCAAAGAGGACAUUCUCCCCAAUCUGUGCAAAUCCCAAAUCCCACAGAUCUGUGGUUUUUAAUACUCAGGGUCCCCACGAGGUGAGGAUAUGCGGAUAUAGGUAAAAGCAGUUAAAAAAAACCUUCAGCGGGGAGGGGGGCUUGAGGGAAAAAUCCACGUUUUAACUUGUAAUGUGUUGUGAAUAUGCAGAUUUACGGGCAUGCGUGUAGUAGUUCACCGGUCAGCACACGGCCGGGGUUGUCUGGUGGCAGUCUACCGACAGAACCUCAGGCUGUGCAGUCUGCUUGCUGUUGUUGCCAGCAUUUGUAAGAUGUUCUCUUUGACUGAGGGUGGGGGUGAUGCUCGACACACAGCUCCCACCUCCCCCACCCCUUGCACUUGUUUCCCUCUGAUGCAGAGUGGGGCCAUUAUAAAUACUCAGUGGCCACUUUACUGGGUACAGGAGUGGAGCCUGGCGUUGUCUUCUGCUGCUGUCGCCCAUCCGCUUCGAGGUUCGAUGUGCUGUGUGUUCAGAGAAGCUCUUCUGCACACCGCUGUUGUAACAUGGGAUUAAUUGAGUUACUGUCGCCUUCCUGUCAGUUUGAACCAAUCUGGCUGUUCUCAUUUACAAUACGCUUUUACCCACAGAACUGCCGCUCACUAGGUUUUUUUGCUAUAUUCUCUGUAAACUCUAGGGACUGUUGUGCAUGAAAAUCCCAGGAGACCAGCAGUUUCUGAGAUACUCAAACCUCCCCAUCUGGCACCAACAAUCAUUCCCCGGUCAAAGUCCUUCCCCAUUAUGAUGUUUGAUCUGAACAACAACCGAACCUCUUGACCACGUCUGCAUGCUUUUAUGCAUUGAGUUGCUGCCACAUGAUUGGCUGAAGAUAUUUGCGUUAACGAGUGUACCCAAUAGAGUAGCCACUGAUUGUAAGUUCAAUGUCAGCUAUUUUUGUUUCAUUGUUGUACAAUAACAGUUACCAGUGUAUCAAAGGUGCAAUGAAUCUUGAAUCGACAAAUGUGUUUAAAAAUAGCCCACAAAAUCUAUGAAUUAUUGAAGCUUAUUUGCACAAUUUAAUUUAUAUAAAUGUGUAAAAUACGUACAUAUGUUUGACAUGAAGACUUUUGUAUGUGAAACUCUCAGACAUUCUUAUCAAGUUGAGUUUGUUAUUUGUAGUUGAAGAGUGGUUGUUGAGCCCUACCCAGACCCACCCACCCCCACUCCACCCACCAUCCCGCCAUCCCAGACUCUGGAACCCAGGGGUAGGGCUUGAUGCAGCCUUUUUCCCCUCAAAUGAGGGCCGCAAACUUUCCGCACCACCUCCAGCAUGUUCGCCAGCUUCCUGCGCUGUGGUGUUACGGCGGGUUCUGUGUCCAGCAUGCUCCCUUCUCCCUCAGCAUACCCUGCCCCACCCUUCCUCGCCCCCUCUGUUCACACUCACCCUGCAGGCGUUCCACAGAGCCCACCUUGGCUUUCUCAAAGAGCGGGCAGCUCAUCAGAGUGCCACGUGUUUGCCCCGUGUACCACGUUUGUGAAAAUAAAAAGAACGGGCGA